AUGUCACAACAACAGCAAGCAGGUCACACCAUUGCAGAUGUAUACAAAGGUGUAAUAAAUGAUGUUAUCGGACAAGUGAAGGAAGCGUUUUUGGAUGAAAAUGUCGAUAUUGAUGUUUUACAGCAGCUCAAAAAGGAUUGGGAAGAAAAGUUAAUCGCAAGCAAUAGUGUUGAUUGGGAUGGUCCACGACAUGUGCCACCACCUCCAUUACGACAGAUGAAGCAGCCAAUUAUGACAAGCACAACUAUACCUCCAGGCAGUACUGUUCGCAUUGCACAGAAUGGGCAGCAUAUAUUGGUUCAACAGUCAACACGGUCGUCGUCAUCAUCGUCGUCACAAGUUACACAGCCGGCAUUGGUUAUGCAGGCAAGUGGUACAUCAAGCAUACAAAGGCCUGUACAUCAGGUACAGUACAUUAGCGCUGCCAAUAUUCCGAUCAACAGUGAUCCAAAUACUGUUGUAAUACAGCGACAAUCGGUGAGUCAGAAUACAUCGCAGAUAACUACAGUGACUCCUGGAAUGAUUACAUUUCCUGCUGGACAAGGUCAAGCACGAAUCAUUCAACAAGGGGGGCAGCAGUUUUUGAUGCAUGGAAGUGGGACAGCAAAUCUUCCGACGGGCAGCAGCGUUAUGAUUUUAAAUGCUGGUUCACAAAUUCCGGUGACCCUGAAUAACGCUGUCGUCUAUCAACCCGCAAACAGACAGUUACUUCAAUCUGGACAAUCUAAUCCAAAACUGGAAGACACGAUACAAAUGCUUGAUGGAGCAACAAGUUUGGCUGUUAAUACAUCAGGAGCAGGUUCAUCUCGCACAAAUUGCAAAUACACAGAGCGAAAAACCGACAAAAAAUGCACAUUGAAAAAGCUAGCACAAUUAGAUGGAGCAAGUCGAGUGAGUGAUUCAUCAUCAGAAGAAGAAAUGGAUGAAGAGGAUGAUGACGAUCCGCUGAGGACAAUUGCUGACCGCAUAAGUGAAGAAGGAAAUGCAGUUGACGACGAAGAUCAGGUAACUGAAGAAGAUCCCCUAAAUUCUGGUGAUGAUCAAAGUGACGAUGAAGAUGUGGAGAGGCUUUUCGAAGCAGAGAAUCUCGUCAUGUGUCAGUUCGAAAAAGUACAUCGUGCUCGCAGUAAGUGGAAGUUCACGUUGAAAGACGGCAUAAUGCACAUACGUGGUAAGGAUCAUUGCUUCCAGCGCUGUUCGGGUGAGGCCGAAUGGUAG